GUGUCGCAUUAGGCGAGGGUGUGGUGCCGCAGGUGUUGCACGACGCCAGAGUUGCAGGGAGGAUCGUAAGAGGGAACGACUUGUGCACUCUUUCUUUCUCUGUCAUUUCAUCCUGACGGAGGACACGCACAAUGAGGACUCUUCUGUCUCCACUACUGAUGAUCCUGUUGUUGUAUAUGGCCUUGGGAGCAGUACGAGGAGAGACAUGGCAAGAAGUAUAUGAUGCUUGGGCAGCAGACUUGAAACCUGGCUGGAUGAUCGAGGAGUUCGACACUCAACGACGCUGCUACUGCAAAGUGCCCCGCAGGUCCUCUCUCCCACUUACGUCGAGCACAACCUUCGCCAGCGCACCUAACACAACAGUCAUCACCGCCCACCUUACCACAGCCGCCACUCUCACUGGCCCCACCAUCACCACCAUCACCAUCACUCUCGCACCCUCCACCACUAACCCUUACAAAUGGACAACAACCUCCCCAUCACUCAGCCCGGUACAAAUCACAACCACCAUCACUACCACUGACGGCCUUACAUUCUCUACCACCAACCCUGAGAUCGUCAUAACCUCUCCACAUAUACCUGACUCCACAUCGCCACACACACACCACACCACAUCCCAGACGAUACCAGAUAACCAGACUAAUGUUUCCACUAUUAAUAUUACUACUACUUCUACUUCCACCAAUUAUCUUACCAAUAAUACUGCUACUACUUCCACCGUCACCGCAAACACAGGGAAAAACAGCACCAUUGCAACCGUAACUACUGCAUCUAACAUUACCUCUACCAAAUCGACAACCAUCACCACCAUCACCUCUACGCCAGCCGUUACUUUUCAGAGCCUCACUUCCACCAUUCCUAAUCUCACCUCCUCCAUCACCACCGGCUCCAACUUUACCAACAUUAACUUCAAUAACAUUACCAGUAACAACACCACUGCUGCCUCAAAUUUCCCCACCACCAACACCACUACAGCCACUCAUACACCGGUUAUAACUACCUUGAGACCCAUCACCAAUUCUGUCUACAAAAUCACCACAGUCGCUACAACCUCACACUCCCCUAUCACUGUCUACAGCCUCUUCACCACAGCCAUCACCAAUAACACAACAUCCAAAUCAACUUUAGCAACAGCAAAUGCACCAUUCACCACUACUACAAUAACUGCAAUAACUACCAGUCCAGCUACCACCACCACUAUAACUCCAUCGAACACCUCCAGAGCCAUUUCAACAACAACAACAACAGCCACCACGAAUACCUCAGUCACAAUAGUCUCAUUAACUGCCAGUGCUACUACUACUACUACCAUCCCAAAAACGACCACAACAUUUGAGUCAAAAACCAUCCCAAAAACAAGUACUGCGCUAACAACACCAACCUACGAUACCCCAAAAACACCUACCACCACCACCACAACCACAAAACCAAAUACAACCAACCAAGCCACACUCCCCAAGACAACAACUACCGCAUCUGCACUAAAAACAACAGCCACACUUAAUAUAGCAACUCCAGAAACUACCACUACAGGCACCAUCCCACAAGCUACCACCACAGGCACCACUAAAGUAACAACCACAACACCUGUAACCAUUCCUCAAACAACCACUUUGCCUACCACCUCUAAAACAACAAACAUGACAACAACAACUGCAAACUCUACUCCUGAAGUAAUCACAACCACCACCACCGUACCCACCACCACCAUCAUAACCCCAAAAACAAUCCCUACAACCACCACACCACCAACAACUAAAAUCCCCACCACGCCAACCACCACCACCACUACCACCACUACAACAGUGUCUACGCCAACAACUAUAGCAAAUUGCGAAGCCACUAUUGUUGUCUCCCAUGGAAGUCUCGAAUACUGGACAUCCCCGAACUACCCUGCGCAGUACCCGGAGGAUAUCACCUGCACUAUGCGAGUUCGGAUUCCCGUCACGUUGCAGACUGGAGUGGUGGACAUCGCGGUGGUGCCGCCUGGUGUCAUUUUCAGACCGUCGACGGUGCUGGCUGGAUGUGGUGGAGACAGGCUUCAGGUUGUCAGUGAGCUUGGUUCUAAAACCAACCACUGUGGCGAUCUUCGUGGACAGUCGUGGAGCAUGACAUCCAUGGGAGACGCGCCCAAAGAUCUCACCUUUACAUUCACCUCUACUUCGACAGACGGCGGCACGGGUAUUGGCUUCAAACUCUCCAUUAAAGGAUACGAUUAUGCAAGUGGUUUCGGUUUCGAUUCCUGAGCUCAUCAAAUGUUACCAGUUUGUGGAGGGCUACCACAGACCACACCAAGCAUUCAACAGCAUGGUCUCAUCUCACGUUAAUUUUACUCUGGCGUUACUUUUAAAUUAUGUAAAUCACGAGUGAAAACCUAUGAGUAUUAAUUUCUAAGAUUUGCUAGGUACAGUACUUCACUGGAUAAAUAUUCCAGGCAAAGGUGACAUAAGGUAUAGAAUGUGCUGCAACAUAUGAAAUUAAGCCACUAUAAUAGUAACAAAACUAUCACGCCCAUUAUUUCAGUGGUUCAUAAGGGUAGUAAACAAUGACCAAUUAAAACAAGAACACCAGUAGAACCAGCAGAACGGUAGAACACUACCAGCCACCAUUGAUACGAUACUCAGUUCACUUGUUAUCAUUCAGAAUCACUCCCGUCUUACUCUGAUGGACGAUUUUUUUUUCUAAGAAACUAUAUAUACUUGGCUAUAACAAUUACCAAUUAUUUUUUAAUACCAAUCAAAUCUAAGUACACUCAACAUCGAGAUGAACAUUUCAUUCUCAGGACUGAAAAUAACAUUAUUUACCGAAAAUUAUUAGAUAUAUAGCAAUGAAGCAAAUAAUGGUUCAUAUCAGGUAAGACUGAUCAUAAAAUCAUAAUCGCUAGAGUAAGAAGGGAACAAUUCUGUGACAACACCAACGCUUGCAGAAUUCACUUACCUCAUCU